AUGUCAUCCCUCGCGGCGGCCCGAGCGGACGGGUACUACUUCCCGCGCGAGUGGCGGCCCGAGUUCGGUUCGCUCAACCGCUUCCGCCAGUCCCACGCGCGCGCCAACGGGAGACGUACUGCGCCCGCGCGCGUCGAAGGCGACGACCGCACAGCGCGUCGCGUCGUGCGCUUUGAGAUGCCGUUCGACGUCUGGUGUAGCCACUGCGACGCGCACAUUGGACGGGGCGUGCGCUUCAACGCGCGCAAGAAGAGCGUCGGUCGGUACUUGUCGUCGGUCGUGUACGAGUUCGCCAUGCGCUGCGCCCGUUGCGGUGGGGACGUAGUCCUCAGGACGGACCCAAAAGCGCGCGGCUACGAGCUCGUGCGUGGCGUGCAGCCGAAAGCAGACGCCGAAGACGCGCAGGAGAGGCAGACGGAGCGCCUGAACGACGCGCAGGUGGCGGAGAAGCUACAGCGCGACCCGUUCUAUCGACUGGAGCACGAGAACGAGGACAAGCGCGUGGCGAAGAAGCGCUCGCGGGGUCUCGAAGCGCUCGUGCAGCUGCAGGACGCCGCGUUCCGAGACGACUACGCGAGCAACUCGGCGCUUCGUGCGCAAUUGCGCAGCGACAAGAAGCAGCGCAAGCGGCGACAGGAGGAGGCGACGCGGCUGGGGAUUGGCGGUAUUCCGCUUCUGGACGUGCAUCCGGACGACGUGGUGGCGUCGCGAGCAGUCGUGUUCACGGGCAUUCCACAGCAGCGAUCAGCCGCGCGGGCUGCGAAAAGAGGCGGAAGGGUCCGGUCGAGUGGUGCGAGAUCGUCUGCUGUUGCGGGGGAGAAAGCGGACCCGUUUGAGUGUUUCGGUGACCCCGUGGGGUCCAAGUUGCGCUGCAUGAAGAUGGCGAGACGCGCGGCCGAGAAGAAGCGGGCAGCUACGAUGUCGGAGACGUGA